GGCCCCGCGGCCUUGUGGGCACCUCCUCGCGGUGCCUGCGGCUGCGUGCGCCGGGCCGGGCGGGGCGGCGGGAGCUGGCGCCCUGCAGUCUCUAGCCUCGGGGGCGCCCUGCUUAGCGAAACGGAGAGCGAGUCCUACCGGGAAACAGAGUGACACCCCCCUUCCCCCCCCCCCCCCCCCCCCCCGUGACACUUGUUUUCGGGUUUUUACAGCUCAGGAUCGGCCCUCUUGUCGCGUAACGGACUAUAUUUGACGUCUUUGCUAGUUAUCUUAAUAAAGAACCGAGUGAAUGAAGCUGUUACUUAGCCCUUACUGCUCCAGGUCUAACUUGAAUUAUCCAGUGAGUUGGUGAGGUUUUCCUUGCAGUAUCUACUUGUCCUGUAGCUGGUCAGAGUCCAAGCAGAUUUUGAUCUGAUUGAUAUUCCUUGUAAAUAUUCUGUUUUCAGAAUAGCCAGUAGUUUCACUUAGUCUGAAAUCUAUCAAGUUCUAUAGAACUGCUUUCCCAAAAAUAACUGGUUUCCUUUCCAUAUGAUUAUAUUACCUAAAGGCAGUGGUAUUUUUUGAUUGCCCAGAAAGCUAUGAAAAAGGCAAGGAUUAGACAUAAGAGGAUUGCAGCUUCUAAGCUCUAUUAUACUUAAGUUGCUGGUUCAGUCCAUAGCAAAGCAUGGCACUGCUGUUUUGUCAGAUGUUCACAUGUUCCAAUAGACAUAAGAUAUUGAUGUAGCUGCUGGAAAAGUUUCUAUUUGCAAGUUUAGUUUGGGUAACCUAGCUUUAUGGCAUUUUUCUGCUGUUGUACUAAUUCCGGGUGAUGCAAAGAAAGAACAAACCCAUGUUUUCUUCUAACAAAAAGAAACAAGUGCCUGCUGGACAGUUUUUGUUGAUCUUGUUGGCUUUACAAAGCUCCCCUUGAUUGCUCUCAAGCACUGAAAUUUUCCAUUGUAAUGAAAAAUGUGAUGACCUGCCACAUCUGUCAGUGCAGUUGAACAGACUGAUAGAUCUCACUAAUGAAGCUUGUGCAAAACUUCAGAGCAACUGAAAGAUUUCCAUUAAUACAGUGGUAGGUUUUUUUGUUUGUUUGUUUGUCACUUAGUUCAUUUAGAAUCUGGGGAGUAACUGUGGUUAUAAAGUGUAUUGUAGAGCUUAUAAAAUAGUUUUAUGGGAAAAAAUUAGCAUGUUUUCUUUAUUAGUUGUUUGCAAUUCUUUUCUUCCAGGGGGGAAACAUGAUCUCUGACUGAAAAUAGCUAGAGGUGGCUGGCUUCCCAGUAAUGAUUAUUUUGAGGGAUAGCCAAAAUACAACUCCCUGCAGGAUGACUGCUUUCUAAAGCAGUUAUUUAAUAAUGCUUCACCAGCUCACAGGCAUAUUAAUAUUUUAAAUUAAUAAUUCAAAAGAAGUCUGUGUAUGUAAUUCAGUUGCAUGGCCCAAAGUAUUGUAGUGUCAGUUUGGAAUAUGGAGCAGUCUUGGAAUAUUGAGCAGCCUGUGGCAUUUUUUCAUUCUUGCAUUUGCUUUUGCUUUCUUUUUGUUGGUUCAUUCAGAGAACAGCAACUAUAUGUGUGUAGCUGUCUUAAAAUAGGGGUAAAGGGAAUUCGAACAGGAUUGUUACAUACUGGUUUAUUUUUAAUAACUAGCUUGAAGUAUGUCUUUUGCCUCCCAGAUUAAAGAGCAGAAAGUUGUAGUUGAUGAGCUUUCUAAUUUGAAGAAGAACCGGAAAGUUUAUAGGCAGCAACCCAAUAGCAACAUAUUCUUCCUUGUAGACCGAACAGAAACACUAUCUCAAUGCAAAAAUACAUUAGAUGAGUUGAAGAAGGCACAUCAGGAGAUAGAAAAUUCAGAAAAGACCAAAAUCAAGAAAUAGUCCAUUUGAAUUCUAAUUAGCAAUGUGUGGUAUUUGUUGUGUUGUUACCUUGUCCAACCAGCAUACUGUUCAUGAUUUCUUUAACAAAGAUGUGCUCUCCUGUCUUAAACGAAGAGGACCAGACAGUAGUCAACAGUUGAUAAAAACUGUGUCUGAUCUCUCUUAUGAGUGUCUGUUUUCUGGUCAUGUACUUCACUUGAGGGGGUUGAUGACUCCUCAGCCUCUGGAAGAUGCCAAUAACAAUAUUUUCCUUUGGAAUGGAGAAAUUUUCGAUGGAGUUCAUGUUGGAUCUCUGGAGAACGACACUGAAAUCAUGUUUCAUCGUCUUACCUUGUGCAAUAGUGAAGCUGACAUUUUGUCACUCUUUUCAUCACUUCGGGGUCCAUGGUCUUUUAUUUAUUAUCAAGGAUCUAGAGACUGUUUAUGGUUUGGUAGGGAUUAUUUUGGUCGUCGUAGCUUGCUUUGGCAAUUCAGUAAUGAGGUGGUCUGUCUCACAUCUGUAAGUGUUUAUUCUGAAUCUGGUAGUCAAUGGCGAGAAGUCCCAGCAUCUGGAAUUUUCAAAAUUGAUCUCAAAGCUUGUGCAACAAGUAAAUCUUUGUCUUUAACAUUGUUUCCAUGGAAAUACAGCUCCACAGAGAAAACAGUAGAAGAAAUAUUCAUUAGUGUUCUGGAUCGAGUUUCGAAAGAUUUGCCAAACUACAUACCUCUCGUGACAAAUGAAUCAAAACUGUGUUUGACAGCACCAGUUAUUCCUUUAAAUAAAACAAUUUCUGAAGCUUUAGAUGAAUGUCAAUGCACUGAUGUUAGCAACAUUAACCAUACAGUUUCUGUAGAAACCCUUCAAGCAUUUCUUGGAGUAGAAUGCAAGAAGAAAUUAGUCCAUCAAUUUAUUGAUGUUUUAAGUGAAGCAGUGAAGAAACGGGUUUUAGGUCUAUUUAGAGAUAAAGAUGAGAAAAGAAGAGACAUUCCAAGCACGUCUACCAGUAAAGCACAUGUUGCGGUGCUCUUCUCUGGAGGCAUUGAUUCUAUGGUUAUUGCAGCCCUUGCUGAUCAACAUGUUCCUAUGGAAGAACCAAUUGAUCUUCUCAAUGUAGCUUUCAUGAUUAAAGAACAAAGUAAGCAAAAAUGCACUUCUAAAAAACAUAUUGACCAGGAAAUACAGCUUGAUUUGCUUUCAUGUCAAGAAAGCUAUAAAAAUCUUGAUGUUAAAACUGACGAUCACUUGGUUUGCUUUGACGUUCCUGACAGAAUCACCGGUAGAGCAGGACUGAAAGAAUUAAAAGCUCUUAACCCUUUAAGAACCUGGAACUUUGUGGAAAUUAAUGUUACGCUAGAGGAAUUGAAAAGAAUGAGACAACAGCGUGUUAGUCACUUAAUCUAUCCAUUGGAGACAGUCCUAGAUGACAGCAUUGGCUGUGCAGUUUGGUUUGCUUCCAGAGGGGAGGGUUUUAUUAGUAACCAAGGAGAACUGAAACCAUACAGAAGUUCUGCAAAGGUUGUACUUACAGGAAUUGGGGCAGAUGAGCAGCUUGCUGGGUAUUCUCGACAUCGUGUUUGCUUCAAAAAUUAUGGUUUAGAGGGUCUAAAUAAAGAAAUUGGAAUGGAGUUGGAUCGCAUUUCUUCUAGAAAUCUUGGCAGAGAUGACAGGAUUAUUGGCGAUCAUGGAAAAGAAGCCAGGUUUCCUUUUCUUGAUGAAGAUGUUGUUUCGUUCCUCAAUUCUCUGCCUAUCUCAGAAAAAGCAGACUUGACUUUACCUCGAGGAAUUGGUGAGAAGUUGAUUCUGCGCCUUGCAGCUGUGGAGUUUGGCCUUACAGCCUCAGCCAUUCUGCCAAAAAGGGCUGUACAGUUUGGAUCUCGCAUUGCAAAACUGGAGAGCAACAGUGAAAAAGCUUCUGAUACAUGCAGCAGACUAAAGUUACUUUCAGUAGAUGAAGUAUAAAGCUGCAUCUUGAUAAACUGCCGUUAUCCUGUAUGCAAAUUCAGUAAAACCUUGGGGUUGUUUUAGAAUA